CCCUUUUGCCAUUUUUGUCAUUUUAGGAUAAAAAACAAAAAUGUCUUCCUCAUCAAGUGAUGAAGUUGAUGAAGCUUUAGAAGAAAUGGUUGACCAAGUAGUUGAUAAUUUCAUCGACUCAGUGAUUCAUGCUCACCCCAACAAGCACAAAAGACGGGCUUAUAUCGAAAGAGAUCGGGAACAAGGACACAAUCGGCUAUGGAACGAUUAUUUCAAGGAAAAUCCUACAUAUCCACCGGAAAUGUUUAGGAGGCGUUUUCGAAUGAACAAGCCUUUGUUCCUCCACAUUGUCGAACGUGUAAGUAAUGAAGUUCCAUACUUUCAGCAAAGACGGGAUGCUUGCGGAAGGAAUGGGCUAUCUGCACUUCAAAAGUGUACCGCAGCUAUACGUAUGCUGGCAUAUGGUCAAUCGGGAGAUACAUAUGACGAAUAUCUCCGACUUGGUGACAGUACAUCACGUUUGUGUUUGGCAAAUUUCACUGAUGCAAUAAUAGAAUUGUUUGGAAAUGAGUAUCUACGAAAACCUACAGCCGAGGAUCUUCAACGCUUACUCGAUGUUGGAGAGGUACGGGGGUUUCCGGGGAUGAUAGGCAGCAUCGACUGCAUGCAUUGGGAGUGGAAAAACUGUCCAACGGCUUGGAAAGGUCAGUUCACACGGGGUUCAGGAAAGCCGACAAUUGUCUUAGAAGCCGUGGCAUCACAAGAUCUUUGGAUAUGGCACGCAUUUUUCGGCUUACCAGGUACACUCAACGAUAUCAAUGUUCUCGAUCGGUCACCGGUUUUUGAUGACAUCUUACAUGGUCGAGCACCUAAAGUUAAGUUCAAGGUCAACAACCACACUUAUCGUAUGGCCUACUAUCUUACUGACGGAAUUUAUCCAAACUGGUCAACAUUUAUCCAAUCCAUCCCACUUCCUCAAGGUCCUAAAGCCGAGAAAUUUGCACAAAAGCAAGAAUCCGCCAGAAAAGAUGUCGAACGGGCUUUUGGAGUAUUGCAGUCGAGGUUUGCAAUUGUUAAAAACCCAGCUCUACAAUGGGACAAGGAAAAGAUAGGAAAGAUAAUGAGAACUUGUGUCAUAUUGCACAAUAUGAUUGUAGAGAACGAACGACACGGAUACGCUCAAAUAAAUACUUCUGAGUUCGAAUCAGGAGAGUCAAGCAGAAGUUCAAAGGUGACAACCAGAGAAAGUAUUCAUGCCGGUGAUAUGUUAGCCAUGCGCAGAGAAGUCCGAGAUCAAGAGAAGCAUGCUCGUUUGAAAGCUGAUUUAAUGGAAAAUAUUUGGCAAAAGUUUGGUGAUGAAGAUGAAUAAACUUUGUUUGUUUUUCUAUUUCUCAAUUUAUGUAAUCUAAUCUUUUAAUGUAUUGAAUAAAUAGUUUUCAAAAAUUUAAUAAUAUUUUAAAUAUUUUAUUCUUGUUUUCUGGAUAAUUUGAAUAUUAAAAAAAAAUAUAUAUAUUAUUAUUUUAUUGUUAUGAACUCAUACUUCAGGUUCACCAAUGCAGAAAAAAACAAUUACAGGUUCAUAACUAUUCAUGGACCCACAAAAAAAUAUUAAAAUAAACUUGUGAACCCCAAAGAGGGGUUCACCAAUGCUCAUGCUCUAAUGUUGUACAUGAUGUUUGUCUUAUAUCGCGCAAGAGCUUCUGCAUAGAUUUUGAUCCUAAAAACUAUCAACGAACAGUAUUUAUUAGCUUAUACACAGGUUUUGUUAUCCUACAAAUUUAUAUAUAAACUAGUUUAAUACAUGAGUGUAAAAACUAAAAAAUCUAUAGUUUUUUGUGAAUUUUUCUCUCCUCUGGAUGUUUAUAUCCUAGUGGAUUUGUAGCCCACGUCACGUCUAUAUAUGAUGAUAUAAUCCCCAGAUUGUUGCAUUAUUUUUCUUUUUGCAACUGGUGCUUAUCCUACGUGCAUAUAUUUGCUUUAAGAUCCGUAAGCACUAGGAUUCACAUGAUCAUCUACUUCAGAACUCCGUGAAGACUUUAACACCCCCUCUCCUUCCUCUUUUUUUCUAGUAGCUACAAAGUCUAAAAAGAAACACGAGUUUGGUCUCUAAUUUUCAAAAUUUUAAUCCAGGAUGGUUUCAAUAGUUUGUGUAUAUAAUGAAGAUAUAUUGGAGAGCAAGAUGUGUAUCUUGCGAACCAACUGUUAUGGACCAUUGAAGUUCGAUUACAAAGUGAAAUCCAUAAAAUCCAAACCGAAAAAUAUUAUAUAAAUUUUCUUAUGAUAAGGAUUAACAUUUAGAUAUAUAUAUCAUAAGAUUUAGAUAAGUUCUAUUCCUAGUUGAAAUAGGUCUCUAAGUCUUGUGUAUAUAAUAACAUAGCACUUCUAUAGAUGAUCAACUUGUAAUUUAUUUGUUGUGUUUAUAUUUAUCGGUCAACAAUUGGCAAAACUAUGAUCAUCGAGACUGUACUUAAUUACUAAUUAGGAAAAAGAACAUAGCUAAUCUGCAUGCAUGGCUACAUGUCCUACUAAAACCAGGUCAAAUAGGUACCGUUUAACCAUCAAAACACCCUUACAAAUACUGCCAAGAAAUGCAAAAUGUAGUAAGCUCACAACAGCUAAAAACCAAACCUCCAGUCAACAUACGCAUGUAAGUGACAAUCUUUUAUAACUGAAAUAUACUCCACAAACACAAAGUAGUAGUUACCUCCACAUGUCUUAUAAUGCGAUGAACAAGACCUUAUAAUGUAAACUUUCACUGACUCGAUCGGUGCUCACAACUCGACAAUAUCUCUUUUGGACAAUGACACGUUCACAAACCCGAUUCAAAGGUUUCAAUCAUGCUACUGCAAACCAACAAAAGAAACAUAUAAAUCUAUCAGUUUAACAUCUUUUUGGGACCAUUAAAUGGAGAAAAAGCGUGGUCCAUGACAUUGAUAUUCAUGUCAUUUACACGUAAGACUGGCGAUAUCAAAAGGUGGUUUUAUUCUUCAGUAUCCAUCAAUGAUCAAUAUCGAAUUAGCAAAGUACUAAGAACCAAAAUCCCACCUAAAAAGAACAACUAAACUAAUAUACACCAUCGUAUUAGAUUAAAUGGGAUUUCGCUAGUGGGUAUCCUGUACAUACGUAUUCUCCUACAACUGUUACUUUGUCUGCAAGAUUAUCAUCAUCUUACUUGGACAUGAUUACUUCACUCUACAUGACUACAUAUCAAUGCGUUCAUCAGGUGUAGAAUUACAAAAUAUGAUAUUAUUGAAUUGUUAUUAAUAAAUGACAUGUAUUUGUGUAUACACACUAGAGAUUACCUAUCUCAACUAAAAAGUUAUCCAGAUCUAUUAAUCAUUACCAGAAUAGAACAGGAGUUGCAUAAUAUUUUUAUUUAAGUUUCAAAAAUUUCAUGGUUUUGCCUUCAUAA